UGAACUUACACACGUUGGAAUGAACGGAACUAUCAGUUUGCAUUGAAAGUGUUCCACACGGAACGAAUAGAGCGGCUACACUGACGGUCACAGAAUGUAACACGCCGUUCUUCUUCUUGUUAUUCUGAGUUGUUGUUUUGAAUACAGGACAAAAGAAAAUGUAAAAUAAUUGCAUUAAUUUAGUGGUAAGAGUGUCUGUCAUAUAUCAUACUACUACAAAUUUAGCCAAGAGUAUUAACGUGUUACUGUUGUCACACAGUAAGAUACACAUUUAGUAUGAUUAGUGUUGGUAUUUUUUUUUUUUGGUAGAAUAAAACAACGAUAGACAGAAACGUCAGGGUGAUAUAUCAACAGCAGUUAGCGUUAAAACUGCCAUCUGAAGUAAAUUAGAAUACAGAAAUGUGGGGAGAAAUCGAGCCAUGUAUCAAACCCCAGGAGGGUGAAAGCAUGAGCAGCUGUGGGACAAGACAGAGAUGGACAGACUCUGCACAUGUACAGCAGAAGACAACAAUGUGGGGAGAAAUCGAGCCAUGCUCUAAACCUUACACAUCUGACAAUGAACCUGCUGCUCAACACAGAUGUCCUGCUCCUGUGACAGAAGUCAAGGAGGCCCACAACACAACAAGCAGCUCUCCAAAUCAAAAGGAGGAGCCAUCCAGCUGUCUCAGCUCAAUGAUCACAGCUAUAGCAGCCAGUGGGAGUCCAGUGAAAAGCCAGCAGCUAGGAGAGCCAGAUUUAACUCUGGAGGAGAAGAAGGAGGUUUUAAUGGAUCAGUACAAAUCCAAGCCCUUGGUAUUUCUGGAGCGCUAUCAGGCCCAUCUGAAGCCAGAGCACAUAGAGGCUUUCUCACACCUGAGCAGUGACUGCAGAGCGCAGUAUUACUGCAAGGAGAUUCAGAGACGGGCGUCCAGCACAGCCGACCGGAAACGGGUCCGUAACCAUCGUUAUGCAGCUCUCCGUGCUCUUCAGAAGGAGGGCCAGUACUUCAGCGAGGAGCAGAUGCGUGUGCGAGAACCGCUGCUAUACGAGCAGUACAUCGGACAGUACCUCAGCGAAGAGGAGAUCCUGCAGCGCUCGGAGGAGGCCAUGAGGAGCGGCCCGGGGGGACUCGCUGACCUGCUUAUCAACUCCUACCAGGAGAAAUUGCUCCAGAACCGCCUGGAGGAGGAGCAGGAGAGAGAGCAGUGUGCAGUGGAGGAGUCUGAUGAGGAAGAAAGUGACGAGCCCAGACAGGCAGAGUGGGAGCCGAAUGCAGAAGAGAAAGCCAUGCUGAGAGAGGAGUUCCUCAGUCAAAUGCAUCAGCGCUUCCUGGAUGGCAAAGAUGACUUCAACUACAGUGAAGUGGAUGAGAAUCCAGAUUAUGAUAACCUAGAUAUUGUAAGCCAUGAUGCGGAGGAGCGCUACUUUGAUGAUGAUGAGAAGGAGGAGGAGGAGGAGGAGGAAGAGGAGGAAGAGGAAGAGGAUAUGAUGCAAUAGCCCUUAAUGAAUGUUCUCAACAGAUUUUGAUUUUUGUACAUUCUUUGUCGUAUUUCUACUGCUUGAUAUUUGUCAGUGUAGGUUAACUGUGAUUAUCAGCACUUUGUUGUCUUUAAUAAAAGAGUACUAUUUUUCAAGAUGAUGUUGUGGUCACGUUUAAAGAAUUCUCCUUUGAAAAAAAAAAUCAAGUCUUUCAAGUCUGAGUUUAGAAGACGUCAGUGUUUUCAUUUUAAUAGGCUUUUGCUGUUUAGCAUAUUUUAAAUUCAUGCAGUGUGCAGGAAUCAUGGUUUUUCAUAAUGGCUAAUAAAACAAAUGGGCAGCUGACAUGACAGCAGUGUUUCAGGCUCACUUUUAAAGCUCGUUUACGUUCCUCUGUAGAACUAUGCAUGCAGUCUUUAGUAAUCCUAAUUAUCAAACCCAUAUUAACUGAAAGGACUAUGUGCAUCAUUAAUAAUGAAUUUGAUAUACUGCAGCAAUUUACAUUAACUUGUGAUUAAAUGAGUAAAAACUUUAUGUAGUCUAAUAAGAUACAAGAUUCCCAUAUAUAUCAGAACAAAAUCUUUGUUCACGUUACUUGUCAACUACCAAAUUUCAGUGAACAAGUGUGUUAAUUGCUACAUUGAAAUUUAACCGAUUUUUUUCCGUUUCAAUUUCAGUAUAAUUUAAAUUGAAUGUUUGUCAAAUAAAUGUUUGUUGCAUGUGCAAGUAUGAUAUUAUGAAAAUUUGCAUUUCCAAUGAAAUGCCUGACACAGUAAAACCUUUCCACCAAAUUCAGUUUGUCAGCAACUAAACUUGGUAUUAUCAACUUGGUUUUAGAAGUCAUUUCAACUCAUUUUUUUAGAAUCCGUUCUAGUUAAAUCUCAUAAUUUGGUUGAAAUUGGUUUAUUUUGAUGCAUUAAAGUGAUGGAAAAAUUUA